AUGUGUAAUAGGCAAGAGGAGUCCUCGUAUCAUGCCAUCAAGGAUUGUGACCAUGCUCAGUGUGUCUGGGAGUGUGCUGCACCCCCAAUUGUGUGGAAAGACAAUGAUCAUGCAUGGGUAAGAGAGAAUGUAUUGUGCUAUAAAGAAAGUCAGAACAUUGAGUGGGCAACCUUAUUCCCCUUCAUUUGUUAUGAGAUUUGGAAAAACCGUAAUUUGUUCAUUUUCGAAAAACAAAAUGUGCCGCAACCGCUCUGUACUCUUAGAAAAGCUAUCUAUGCAGCUCGAGAUUUCCUUACAUCUUAUAAAAUUGUUAACUUGGAACCAACACAACCUGGAAACAUUAUCUUUAAUGAUCCUACUUGUUUCUACAUACAUGUUGACGCCUCUUUUCUUGCCAAGAGUUAUUUAACGGGUAUUGCAGGUGUGUUGCGUAAUCAUAAGGGAGAAUGGCUAGGGGGAUUUCAAAAAUCUAUAUAUGCUAAAGAUGUACUAAUGGCUGAGCUCUUAGCUAUCCUGGAGGGGUUACGGUUUGCGCAUAAGGAGUACCUCAACAAUAUCACCAUUAUCUCUGAUAAUAAGCAGGCAAUUACGUUGAUGAAUAUGGACUAUACUAGUCGAGAUUUUUAUUGUCAUGUUGUAAAUGAAUGCAGGGAGUGGCAAAAGAGGUUUCAAACUUCCCAGUUCGUAUUCGUGAGGCGGGAGCAUAAUGGGGUGGCAGAUGAAAUGGCUAAAGAUUGUAGGAAGAAUGCUUGUAUGAUUAAUGAAACUAGAGACAUUCCUAUCAUGCCUAGUUUUUGUGAAACACUUGUGGAACUUGAUUGUAUGAGGCUAUUUCAUAGCCAGGACUGA